CGAGGUCUGGCACGCCCCCGUGGAGGCCGCGCUGGGCGGCCUGGGGGCGGUGGCGGAGCCUUCCGGCCCCAGCGGCGAGGAGGCCUCGGCGGGCGGCGCGCCGGGGCACCCGGAGCUCCUGGCCGCCGUGGCCCAGGCCAGCGGCACCGACCUGGGCGCCGCACUCGACCUGCUGGCCGCCGUGGCGGACGCGGGCGGCGCCGCCGCGGCGCAGGCAGAGGAGGAGCCCGAGACCCUGGUCGUGUCGGCGGUCGACGAGGGCGAGCUGACGGACGCGUCCACGGAGCCCGACCUGCAGGCGGUGGCCGCCAACCCCGCGCCCGAGGAUACGAGCCCCCGCGGGAGCCGCUGGCGCGACUGCGGGGGGCACAGCGGGACGGCAGGCCGGCCUGGAUGACGAGGGGCGUGGGCAUAGGCGAGAAGGUGCUGGGGAAGUCCACCGGAGAGUUGAUGAAGCCAGGGCUCACGAGGGCGGACCUGGAGCGGCUCGAGCGGGAGGGUCCCGCGGCCGGCCCGGACCCGUUCGGGGAGGUCUUCAGG